UUGAUAAGCAGAGCCAAAAUCAAUCUUUAAUUACGGUGUCAAGAUUCACAGUUUGUCUGUACAGAGAGGUCUUUGGACUUUGGAGACGAAGACCAAAAGCUUGGAAUUCCAGAUCUUGCUUCCUAAGGGUUUUGUUUCCAUGGCGAAGCACAGGCAAUCUCGUUUACCUACUCGGAAGUCGUCUUCUUCAUCUACUCUCAUUUUUACCCUGCUCAUUAUGUUCACCUUCGUCAUUCUCAUUCUUCUUGCUCUUGGAAUCCUUUCGAUCCCUGGAAAUUCCGGCGGUUCGCCCAAGGUUCAUGAUCUGAGCUCGAUUGUGCGGAAAACCUCUGAGGAUGUUGAUGAGGAGAAAGGGGAACGGUGGGCUGAAGUGAUCUCAUGGGAACCUAGAGCCUUUGUUUAUCAUAACUUUCUGACAAAGGAGGAGUGUGAGUACCUAAUUAGCCAUGCCAAGCCUCAUAUGCAAAAGUCUACCGUUGUUGACAGUGAAACUGGAAAGAGCAAAGAUAGCAGAGUUCGCACUAGCUCCGGAACAUUCUUGCCGAGAGGAGGCGAUAAGAUUAUCAGCACUAUAGAGAAAAGGAUUGCUGAUUUCACCUUCAUACCCGUAGGUGGCUGUCCUGUUAUCAAGGGGAAUAAAUGGUCUGCUACUAAAUGGAUGCGAGUAGAUGAAUACAAAGCUUGAGUUGAUGUGACCAAGGUUGGUUGACAUUUCUUGUUACUGCUCAAAGUCACAGGUGCAUUUUCUGUAGGGAAUCUCAUCAUUUCUAUAAUUUAACCUUACUACUCGAUCCCUGAAUCUAUGAAUUUUGAUGUGCUUAUCACAAGUUUACAUUGUCAUCGAUUUCUUGUUUUUAUGGCCACGAGAGAAUAAGAGUUCAUAUUUUUGCCAGAAA